AUGGUCUGGAAGAUUAAGGAGCUGCGUAAAGAUGACGACGAAGCGCGGCAAGAAAUCUGGCGUGCUAAGCUUUCUUAUCCUACGUACCGACCAAUUUACACGCGUCGCCAAGGAGUAUUCUGGUGUUAUCGACAUUGUUUCGAACCUCCGUGCGAAUGCUCAGAAUUUGUCCAACAAUUUCUGUCUCAAGAAGCUCAAAAGCACCAAAUGACGACGUAUAGUUUUGUACUUGCUGACGUUGAAGCUCGACAGAAGGCUGCGGAAUUUGCCACAGACAUAAGUAAGAAUCUAGUCUAUCUGCGACAACAAUGCCAAAACAAUGGAGAUUCAAUAAUCAAGAGAUGGAAGAAGAAGAGUCGCAAUAAACGCGAGGCCCUCUUACGCGAUAUUGAUCCCAACUUGUAUCCGCAUCGGUGGCCUCUUGCACACCUGAAUAAAGCGUUUCAGGCUACACUUCCUCCCGAUGACUGGAUUAGCGCAGACAUCACACUAAGUCGGUAUAUGCGAGAGUAUCGUAAUGCAUGUCUACUGCCUUACAUAAACUUGGAAGGAUUAAUCGAAAACCCUGUGAUGUUUUUGAGUCUGUUGCAAAAUCGCACCCAGCAUUCCCCUGAGCAGUGGGCUCCCCAUAGCAUAAUUCUGACGGGUUCGGCAUAUGGAACGCUGACGCAAUGGAAAAGUGGAGAAGCACAUAGAUGGACGUCUGUCAAGUUUCCAAGAGCAAUCCUCAUUCUCGAGGCACAAGCACAUCUUCUUUCAUUCCUUCGAUCCACGGUUGAGCGAAUUCUUGGUUCCACAAUUGGCUAUUCUAUGGAAAGCCAAACAAGCUCAUUCGAUGAAAUCUCCAAAUGCGGCUCAAUGACGUUAAAUAGACGAUUUGAUAACAAGCCGGGAGCAGCUUCCUGCUAUUUGGACCAGCCAUUCUUGGUGCCGCCCAUUUUUGACAUUAAUUCUGUGUUGAAUGUCGCCAAGACAAGAGAAGCUCUACAAGGAGAUCAUCUCCGGUUUCUACAGACCAAUCCUUUAUAUGCUAGGCGCUAUAUUGAACUCGUCAUGGCCAGUAACGUGGGGAGAGAGCUUGGGAAUUAUCAUAAGUUUAUUAUCGCAUCGUCAAUUCUACUUAUUCAGGAUAUGGUCAUGUUCUGGUCCUGGGGUUGGAUUGUAGACGAGGUUGAAAAACUAAAGAACUUGCAAGUUUCUUUGAAUGAGAGCCUUGAUCCACUCAAGCCUUUCUCGAAAGUUUACGAUGCAGCGUUAGGGUCGCUCGAAGCAUUGUUGUUGGAUCAAAUCCGCCGGCGUUCAAGAUACCUCGGUUAUUUAUUGCCUAUGUAUUUGCGAGAGUACAAACUAACCACUAUUUCCAGUAAUUAUGGCACGUUUCCUGCUUGGCAGCGAAGAGACACAGUCUCCCACCCCGAAUUUUCCAAAGACAGAUUGGACUUUUGCUUGGCGAUGUUGUUACUUGAUACCAGCCCCGGUUGUAAGCUCGAGGAAGUUUCUCCUCUUACGCCUGCAAUGAUAUUUGCUAUGCUCGAGGAGCAUUUGGCCAAGUGCCAUGAAACCAAAAACUUCAAAGAGCUCGCUAGACUGGAUGAAACUGUAUUUGCAGUGGUCUCUAGCCUUGCAGCAAUGUAUCAAAUGCUUGAGAUGGUACGAUUACAUCGCCCUCGAGCAAAGAGACGAGAAGCCGAGGACGUUGCAAAACUCGAACAUGGUCGUGGGUGGCGUUACAUCGAAAAACAUUUGGAGGAUCAAUACUUGUUGAGAAAUUACAAUAUUGUGACCGGGCUCCCCGAUGCGAUUAUUCCCAUGGGGGAAAGCCAGAGCCAAAGAAUCAGGGCUGAAAAGUUAUUAGCAGACCCCACCAAGAUAUUUAUGGAGACACCAAAACCAACUGGAACACGUCUCAGCCAGCAAUGGCUCGAUAAUGAUGAGCAACAGAGAAAGGCACUUAGUCAAAUAUGGGUGCAAGUUCGAGUUCGUCAUGAAUAUACUCUCCGUCGUCUAGGUUUCGGCCAAGAAGAUAUAGACCAUGAUCUCGCAAUUCUAUCUGCGGAUAGUGACUCGGAAUACCUCGCAUCGAUUGAGAAGCGAAAUGCUGAAAUACACACAGAGAUAGCAGCCAGACACGCGAAAAAGGUUGCAGCUUUUGGAAAUUUUAUCGAUCAAGAGCAAUGGGGCACUGAAAAGCCAGAGAAAGUGGGCGUUCCAACUCGCUCUAAAUUCAAAACCAGGAAGCUUCCCAACACAGAUGACGAAAAGAACUCUGUGGAGAUACUUAGUGAACUGGCCGCAACUCCUGCAACUUCUGCACCUUUACCAUCGCCUAAAGUACUUGUCAAAAAGAGUUCAUAUGCCAUAUUCCAAACCAUGUUCCCGAGCCGAAAUUUCGAGGAGCGCACUAAAACAGUACCCUGGGACUCUCUCGUUAACGCCAUGGCCGAGGCUGGAUUUAUAGCUCGCCAUGAAAGGGGAGGAUCAGCCGUUCAAUUCGAGCCUGAUACUAGCUCGCCAUGGUUUGGACAGGGUAAGAUAGUCUUCCACAAACCCCAUCCUGAGCGUGUUGUGGACACAGUCAUGUUGGGAGUGAUGGGAAAGCGGAUGGAGAAGUGGUUUGGAUGGAGCGAUGAGACUUUUGAAGUGGGUAAGAAAUAA